CAUUGAGUCGUUACCACCAUGUCCGACAUUGAGCUCGACGACCUCUCGCGCAAGCGACAACAGCAAUCAGACAUCAUCGCGGGUGACAAAACGGAGGACGUUAUUACAUCCGACUCGGACACUGUCUUGUACUGGGCAUGGGGAGCGGCAAUACUGUUUUUAGUCACAGCGAUACCUCUGCUGCUCUUUCCUCGCUUUCUCCUUUUUCUUGUCGAAGGUAGCGAAGCUGAGAUGCGAACGGAACUGACGCCUUUGGAGUCAUUCCUGUCUCUGCAUGUUGGCAUUCUGCUGGUUGCGAUAGCUUUUGCUCUCAUACUCAACGUACCCUCAAUACCCGCGAUACAACCGCAACAAAAGACCCCCGGUCAUCCGCUGCUGGGCCCGCUUUCUUCCGCAUGCGCCUUCACAGCAUUCAUCUCGUAUAAUACAAGAACGGUCGGUGCAUUAGGCCUGCUUCUCUCACUUGGCACCGCCAUCAUCAGUGCGUGGGGUUUCUGGGUGAUGAUGUUUGCGGGCACCUCAUCUAUUUCAAAGAAGACCGGUGCAGAUAAGCAUACAUCCAGAUUUCUUUUUGGCAGUAAGGCCGCUGCCUCAUCACAAAAGAAGCAAUGGAAGAAGCAGCAGGCAGAGGCAAAGCAUCGUUGAACGCG